GCAGAGGACGUCACCCUCUGGUAACAUCCCUUUCAAGGGGCAUUGAGAUUCCCCAGCUGGUGCGGACAGAGGCGAAGAUGAUCUGGACCCUCCUCGGUUUGUGGACUUGCCUGCUGUGUGAUCCCGGAUUAACAGCGGCCAUUCCAAUUGCCACCGAGUGGCCAGCCACGGAAUCCGGAUUCUUCACCAGCACCGACUAUGGACUAUCCUGGUGGACCAGUGACUAUUUUGAACCCACAAGGACGACGACCACGGAACAGGUGCUCACGCUUCAAAGCACAGUCCCGCCCGCGACAGAAGUCACGUCUGAAACAAACCCAGGUUCUGUCCAUGACGGGAACUCUUCUGGUCUUGUGAGAAAUGAGUCACUGGUCUCUCUGUUGGCCUCCAAUGAAAGCCACGUUGAUUCUGCCACGCGUGGCCCCGACGAAGGAGAAACCACAUGGCUGGGAGCAAAGACAGAGGAGAGGCCCGAGAUCCAAGAGGAGGAAGUUUUGGCCAAGGCAAACUCCAUGGAAGAAGGGGCAAUUAAAACAACCUCUGCUGAGUUGAACAAUUCCACCUCCUCGACCACCUUGCUCUCUCUAGGAACGCUUCCCACUGUUUUCAAUGAACAGCCAGACGCACCCGAGCAUCUAACAGACACAGGUGCUGGUCUAACUGAGUCUUUCUCAGAGGGGAGUGGAGAGGCCUCAGCCCCAUCCUCAGCCCCAGGACUUCUCUCUAGCAACACAGAACAGCCGCCUGUAGGAGGAACAGCACCUGCUUCUGCCGGCGGAACAUCUCCAGGGGAUGGCGCUGUGACAGCCAAGGAGGCUCCAUCCCUCAGAGUACCGUUUCCAGAUUCACUGCCUCCUCGCAACACCAUCACUGGCUCCUCAGAGUCAGGUGGACCUGCCACCGUUUCGAUGCCGCUUUCUCCUGGAAACAAACCAGAUCAGGGUGCAGUAGGAAGAGGGGAUGCCGAUAGCUCUGCGUCGGUCACGGCACCCAACGGCGAUGAAAUGGCAGCCUUCAUCCCGCCCUCUGAGGAGACAGGGCUUAGCCCAGAAAGCACUGCCAAGGAGGUCCCUCUUGGUGAAGCACAAGACCUUGAAGAUGUAGACGCAUCAGAUUACUCUCCGGCAGGUGGCGCGACAGACCCCUCCGCAGGCUCUUCCCAUCUGGACUCUGAGGCCACCCCAGCUCCUUCGGACAUGCAGGUGGACUCGGGAGCCGCCACCACACCUGAGGAUCUAGAAGGUUCCGCGGACCUGAUGGGAGAGGAGGUGCCUUUUGCCCCAUCCGGCAUGGAGCCUGAGUUUGUGACUGACGGAGCGCACGUUCUUGGAGGCCCUGGCAACGAAGUGACCCUACCCUUUGCGGACAAGAGAGUAGGAACCACGUCACCAAUCAGCAAUAACCAGGUUGAAACGCCCUCGGAGGUGCAGCUCGGUAAAGAAGAGACCGGACAGGCCGCCACAGCAAGCUCUGACAUGACAGACAAUGGUUCCGUAGAUGUCUCUCCGUUUAUUGCAGAUGCUGGAAUACCGAGAGAAAGCGAGACGCCUUCAGGAGAGGCAUCCCCUUCUAUGCCUCUUGACAGCUCCCUUCCUACGUCUUUCGGUUCAGGAGGUCAAGCAGGGGAAGCCUCUUCCGGUCUGCCGCCCAACCACCUGGGCGCUUCUCCCGAAGUUGGCGUCGUGGCAGGAGAUAACUGGGAGGGCAGUGGUAGCCCAGGUCCAGAUGGCGAGGGAGCUGUUGCAGGAGUUAGCAGUGGCCGCCAGGCUGGGACAGGUCCCCCAUCUUCAGAUGCCUUCCCCGGCUUGGAUGAGAAAGGGACGGCACAGGGAUCCUUGGCCGGUAGUGGAAUUGACACCCAGCCGCUUGUGCAGGUUGGAGCUGCAGCAUCUCCAACGGAAGAUGGAAAGGCAUUCCCAGCAAACGGGGUCUCGGGUGGAGAGUCCUCUUCUGUUUUGGCCCUUCCAGGGGCAGAAUCCCCACCUUCAUCAGGAGCCCAACCCACUGUCCCUUCCAGUGUUCCCGUUUCCAAUAAGCCGCCUGCGUUAAAACCAGGGUCUGUUGCUUCCGAAAAGGCCCAAGGAUUGGCUGGCACUUUAAAUGUGAUCUGGAAAGAAACGUCAUCCUCAUCGGGUCCCUCGGGAGCAGAAUCACAAACAGUCCCACCCUCCCCUGCAGCAGAAGCAUCACCAGAUGUUUCCUCCAGCGUGAGCGAGAAGGAAGCGUCAUUGGCUCCACAAGAAGGAGGGUCACAAUCAUCUUCUCCUGCCAUUGUAGGGACAGCCAAUGAUGGAGAAUCUCUGCUGUCUCCAGAUGGUUCUGCAUCAGCUGGAGAAGCAUCCCCAGAUGUUUCCUCCAGUGUGAGCGAGAAGGAAGCAUCGCUCGGUCCACAAGAAGGAGGGUCACAAUCAUCUUCUCCUGCCAUUGUAGGGACAGCCAAUGAUGGAGAAUCUCUGCUGUCUCCAGAUGGUUCUGCAUCAGCUGGAGAAGCAUCCCCAGAUGUUUCCUCCAGUGUGAGCGAGAAGGAAGCAUCGCUCGGUCCACAAGAAGGAGGGUCACAAUCAUCUUCUCCUGCCAUUGUAGGGACAGCCAAUGAUGGAGAAUCUCUGCUGUCUCCAGAUGGUUCUGCAUCAGCUGGAGAAGCAUCCCCAGAUGUUUCCUCCAGUGUGAGCGAGAAGGAAGCAUCGCUCGGUCCACAAGAAGGAGGGUCACAAUCAUCUUCUCCUGCCAUUGUAGGGACAGCCAAUGAUGGAGAAUCUCUGCUGUCUCCAGAUGGUUCUGCAUCAGCUGGAGAAGCAUCCCCAGAUGUUUCCUCCAGUGUGAGCGAGAAGGAAGCAUCGCUCGGUCCACAAGAAGGAGGGUCACAAUCAUCUUCUCCUGCCAUUGUAGGGACAGCCAAUGAUGGAGAAUCUCUGCUGUCUCCAGAUGGUUCUGCAUCAGCUGGAGAAGCAUCCCCAGAUGUUUCCUCCAGUGUGAGCGAGAAGGAAGCAUCGCUCGGUCCACAAGAAGGAGGGUCACAAUCAUCUUCUCCUGCCAUUGUAGGGACAGCCAAUGAUGGAGAAUCUCUGCUGUCUCCAGAUGGUUCUGCAUCAGCUGGAGAAGCAUCCCCAGAUGUUUCCUCCAGUGUGAGCGAGAAGGAAGCAUCGCUCGGUCCACAAGAAGGAGGGUCACAAUCAUCUUCUCCUGCCAUUGUAGGGACAGCCAAUGAUGGAGAAUCUCUGCUGUCUCCAGAUGGUUCUGCAUCAGCUGGAGAAGCAUCCCCAGAUGUUUCCUCCAGUGUGAGCGAGAAGGAAGCAUCGCUCGGUCCACAAGAAGGAGGGUCACAAUCAUCUUCUCCUGCCAUUGUAGGGACAGCCAAUGAUGGAGAAUCUCUGCUGUCUCCAGAUGGUUCUGCAUCAGCUGGAGAAGCAUCCCCAGAUGUUUCCUCCAGUGUGAGCGAGAAGGAAGCAUCGCUCGGUCCACAAGAAGGAGGGUCACAAUCAUCUUCUCCUGCCAUUGUAGGGACAGCCAAUGAUGGAGAAUCUCUGCUGUCUCCAGAUGGUUCUGCAUCAGCUGGAGAAGCAUCCCCAGAUGUUUCCUCCAGUGUGAGCGAGAAGGAAGCAUCGCUCGGUCCACAAGAAGGAGGGUCACAAUCAUCUUCUCCUGCCAUUGUAGGGACAGCCAAUGAUGGAGAAUCUCUGCUGUCUCCAGAUGGUUCUGCAUCAGCUGGAGAAGCAUCCCCAGAUGUUUCCUCCAGUGUGAGCGAGAAGGAAGCAUCGCUCGGUCCACAAGAAGGAGGGUCACAAUCAUCUUCUCCUGCCAUUGUAGGGACAGCCAAUGAUGGAGAAUCUCUGCUGUCUCCAGAUGGUUCUGCAUCAGCUGGAGAAGCAUCCCCAGAUGUUUCCUCCAGUGUGAGCGAGAAGGAAGCAUCGCUCGGUCCACAAGAAGGAGGGUCACAAUCAUCUUCUCCUGCCAUUGUAGGGACAGCCAAUGAUGGAGAAUCUCUGCUGUCUCCAGAUGGUUCUGCAUCAGCUGGAGAAGCAUCCCCAGAUGUUUCCUCCAGUGUGAGCGAGAAGGAAGCAUCGCUCGGUCCACAAGAAGGAGGGUCACAAUCAUCUUCUCCUGCCAUUGUAGGGACAGCCAAUGAUGGAGAAUCUCUGCUGUCUCCAGAUGGUUCUGCAUCAGCUGGAGAAGCAUCCCCAGAUGUUUCCUCCAGUGUGAGCGAGAAGGAAGCAUCGCUCGGUCCACAAGAAGGAGGGUCACAAUCAUCUUCUCCUGCCAUUGUAGGGACAGCCAAUGAUGGAGAAUCUCUGCUGUCUCCAGAUGGUUCUGCAUCAGCUGGAGAAGCAUCCCCAGAUGUUUCCUCCAGUGUGAGCGAGAAGGAAGCAUCGCUCGGUCCACAAGAAGGAGGGUCACAAUCAUCUUCUCCUGCCAUUGUAGGGACAGCCAAUGAUGGAGAAUCUCUGCUGUCUCCAGAUGGUUCUGCAUCAGCUGGAGAAGCAUCCCCAGAUGUUUCCUCCAGUGUGAGCGAGAAGGAAGCAUCGCUCGGUCCACAAGAAGGAGGGUCACAAUCAUCUUCUCCUGCCAUUGUAGGGACAGCCAAUGAUGGAGAAUCUCUGCUGUCUCCAGAUGGUUCUGCAUCAGCUGGAGAAGCAUCCCCAGAUGUUUCCUCCAGUGUGAGCGAGAAGGAAGCAUCGCUCGGUCCACAAGAAGGAGGGUCACAAUCAUCUUCUCCUGCCAUUGUAGGGACAGCCAAUGAUGGAGAAUCUCUGCUGUCUCCAGAUGGUUCUGCAUCAGCUGGAGAAGCAUCCCCAGAUGUUUCCUCCAGUGUGAGCGAGAAGGAAGCAUCGCUCGGUCCACAAGAAGGAGGGUCACAAUCAUCUUCUCCUGCCAUUGUAGGGACAGCCAAUGAUGGAGAAUCUCUGCUGUCUCCAGAUGGUUCUGCAUCAGCUGGAGAAGCAUCCCCAGAUGUUUCCUCCAGUGUGAGCGAGAAGGAAGCAUCGCUCGGUCCACAAGAAGGAGGGUCACAAUCAUCUUCUCCUGCCAUUGUAGGGACAGCCAAUGAUGGAGAAUCUCUGCUGUCUCCAGAUGGUUCUGCAUCAGCUGGAGAAGCAUCCCCAGAUGUUUCCUCCAGUGUGAGCGAGAAGGAAGCAUCGCUCGGUCCACAAGAAGGAGGGUCACAAUCAUCUUCUCCUGCCAUUGUAGGGACAGCCAAUGAUGGAGAAUCUCUGCUGUCUCCAGAUGGUUCUGCAUCAGCUGGAGAAGCAUCCCCAGAUGUUUCCUCCAGUGUGAGCGAGAAGGAAGCAUCGCUCGGUCCACAAGAAGGAGGGUCACAAUCAUCUUCUCCUGCCAUUGUAGGGACAGCCAAUGAUGGAGAAUCUCUGCUGUCUCCAGAUGGUUCUGCAUCAGCUGGAGAAGCAUCCCCAGAUGUUUCCUCCAGUGUGAGCGAGAAGGAAGCAUCGCUCGGUCCACAAGAAGGAGGGUCACAAUCAUCUUCUCCUGCCAUUGUAGGGACAGCCAAUGAUGGAGAAUCUCUGCUGUCUCCAGAUGGUUCUGCAUCAGCUGGAGAAGCAUCCCCAGAUGUUUCCUCCAGUGUGAGCGAGAAGGAAGCAUCGCUCGGUCCACAAGAAGGAGGGUCACAAUCAUCUUCUCCUGCCAUUGUAGGGACAGCCAAUGAUGGAGAAUCUCUGCUGUCUCCAGAUGGUUCUGCAUCAGCUGGAGAAGCAUCCCCAGAUGUUUCCUCCAGUGUGAGCGAGAAGGAAGCUUCACUGGCUCCACAAGAAGAAGGAUCACAAUCAGCUUCUCCUUCCUUUGAAGGGACAGCCAAUGAUGGAGAAUCUCUGCUGUCUCCAGAUGGUUCUGCAACAGCAGGAGAAGCAUCACCAGAUGUUUCCUCCAGUGUGAGUGAGAAGGAAUCAUCGCUGGCUCCACCAGGAGGGUCACAAUCAGCUUCUCCUUCCAUUGAAGCUUCGCCCUCACCUAGAGCAGACAACGUCGCUGAACAGGUUGGAGAGAAAUCUGGAUCCACAGCUGGUGGAGAAUCUUUUCCUCAUCUCUCAUCUGUGGAUGGAUCCGUAGCACUAAGCCACAAGAUUUCAGGAGGAACUGUGGCUUCUGGUUCCUCCUCUCUUGAAGGGAACUCGGCCUCUGAAGGAAGUUCACAAGAGGCUUCUCACAUUACAAGCUCCUCGGAGCUGCUGUCAGGGAGUGAGAAUAUUAGUGACAAUGGGAGAAUCCUAGAUAAUGCAGGAGACACAGAACCUUCUUUGCUCGCUGGAAGCGGACAACCGGAUGCUGAAAGCACAGGCGUUUUAUCCAACGAGUCAUCAAGUGGUCUGUCUUCUCAGACGGCAAAGGAUGUACCAGAAGGCACAGAAACGGGGGAAACAGACGCUUUCUCCUCAGAUUCAGACAUCCAAGUAGCUGGACCUUCACCCUACGGUCUUGCAAGUCCUUCUGGCGAACUAGUGUCACCAAGCGGCAAUUUAGAAGGACGUGGUGAUUCCAACAGCCCUGUCUCAUCAGUCGGCAAGGCCACAUCUACAGCUGCUGAUGAAGGAGGACCUCUCUCCCUUCCUGGUGCACCGCAGGAUCCUUCUAAGACCCUACCCCUACUGCCCGGCGGAGAUGCAGAACCUGAGGCCAAAGGAGAAGCACCUCCUCGCUCUUCCAAAGGCAAAGUUAAGGGAACUGGGAAUGAAAAGGCACUUCCUGGAAAACCAUCCUCUUCUGUUUUUGCCUCUUCCAGCAAAAGCACUUCAGGUUCAGGGACUGCAAAGUCAGGAGCUACGCCUGGUUCCGGUGUUUCCAUCCCUUCAGAUUCCUCUGCGAAGACUAAGCCAGCCGUCCGGGUGAGGGAAGACCCGUCGGGCCGUGCCAAAGGUUCGCCCGCAGAUAAACCAGGUGCCCAACGUACAGCUUCAGGCGCUAGUCCGGGGGCGACCAAACCCUCGCAAGCCUCAGGCAAGAAGUCGGAGAAGAAAGAAGACAGAGAAAAACCAGACAAGAAGCAAGAAAGCAGGAAAACAGAGAAGAGAAAAGAAAGCAAGGAUUCAGAGGAGAAAUCUGAUUUGAAGUCUAAGAACAGAGAAGCAAAAACGGCUAAGAAAAACUCAGAAGAGAAGAAUCGCACGCCUGUCGUUUCGACACCAGAACCGUCAGGUGUGCACGCCCCAUGGCUCUACAAGCCAGGCAGUUGGGCUCAGGUGAGUUACAGGCAGAAGUGCCUCGACUGGGUUAGCGACGAGCAGCAGCCGUCCGACUGGAACAGCAACUUGCCGGCUUGCCCUUGCUCCCUCCAACAGGGUCUCUCAGACCAUCGCUACACACGCAGCCAAAAAGGUUUGCCGGAUUCUCGCUUCACUAUGCUGUAUUCUUCUAAGCCCAACGAACAUGGCGCGGGAGUCCGGUGUCUCUACCAUAAAAAGAACAACCAGCUUGUGGAAGGGCAUCAGGAGAGAGUCUGGAAAUUCUGGAGGAGAAUCUCCCCUAACACUGAUGGGGAGCUGAAAUUGUAUGACUGGUGUUGUAACCAGGCUGGAAACCAGCAAUUCUGUGAUAAGUACCACCAGAAAAGACCCAGGAUCGGCUGUGACGGAUACAGGCCUCCGGUCAAAGCUUCUGCUUCUUCAGAAGAGGAGCCGGAGAAUGAAGCAAGAGGUAAGACUGUUCAAUGGUGGGGCUGCCCUAGAUCUAACUUACACCUACAUUUCCACACAAUUGACCUCCUUCAAGCUCUUCAGCUUCUAAAUGUACAGAUGGUUUGCCUGUCCUGGGUGGCCACAAUCAUAAUUACUCUCUUGAAUAAAAACGACCUGCUCCAGCCCUUAUUAGGAAUCUAAAAAGAGCCUCGUUGGUUCAGACCACAGGCUCGAAAAGUUACCUUUCCUGCAACCCACUU